GUAGAUUAAAGUUCAUAGAUUGGUUCCUCAUAGCCCUCCAGCGCGUGUCCCCCCGAGGACCUGCUGUUCGCUCACACGAUGGAGGAUGACGCAGCACUUCUCACCCCCGUGGCUGUGGUCUCUCUCCUCGCCUGCGCCGCACAGUUUGCCGUCGGUUUGAUUUUGGCGCAAAUCUGGGGCAAGAAAUGUUCAGCAGUUGAUCGCUGGGUCCUCGUUUGGCUGUUCUACGAUGCCAUUGUCCAUAUUACUCUGGAGGGUCCGUUUGUUUACAUGUCACUGGUUGGAACUGUUGCAACAUCAGAUGGCAUUUUUGCAGAAUUGUGGAAGGAAUACGGAAAGGCAGAUCAGCGUUGGCUUCAUUCAGACCCAACCAUCGUAUCUUUGGAGCUGCUGACUGUCGUGCUGGACGGGUCCCUAGCGCUGCUUUUGGUCUUCGCUAUUAUUAAAGACAAGCAUUACAGGCACUUUGUUCAAAUCAGCCUGUGUGUGUGUGAGCUGUAUGGCGGCUGGAUGACCUUUUGCCCAGACUGGCUGAUAGGAAGUCCUAACCUGAAUAUCAAGAACUGGCUCUAUCUGUGGGUCUACCUGGUCUUCUUUAAUGGUGUGUGGGUUGUAGUGCCAGGACUGUUGCUUUGCCAGUCAUGGAAGCAUCUACAGAACUCCCAUCAAUAUAUGAGGAAGAAGAAGAAGAAGAAGAAGAAGUAGAUAUGCAGGUUUGAUGGGUUUGUUUAGGAAGAAACAGAGAAGGACUAAAUGCAAUACACGAGUCGUCAUAUUGUUUAGAUUUGUAAUUUUGUUAGAGCUCUUAGAUUUGCCAAACACAGUGAUUUCUGUCCUAAUUACACAGUCCUAAUAGAGAGUGGCACAUAUUUGUUGCUCAACAGUUAUGAAGUGAAUUAUGUUUUAAUUCCAUGUUUUGAUGGACAAAAUGAUUUACUAAGUGGACGAUGUGU